AUGCGUUUGCAUAGAAUCCCCUUCUUCCUCUUCAUCUUCUUUAGCCUUGCAUAUGCAAAGAAAGGAAAAGACAAAUCACCAGAGGCAGAGCACGUGGGAACCAACUCUGAAAAGUAUACAGUCUACCCAUUCCCCAAUCCAGUAACUCUAGAUAUUUCAAAUGUGAGCAAUGAUUUUGUACAUACAGAGGCUCAGUACCAUGACUGGGUCACCUAUGUCUCUAGUCCAGUCACGGAGAAGAAUAUGGUUGAAGUUAGAGAUGGAAACUCUUCCAUAUGGACGGGUGACGGAAGAACAGAAAAGUGUUUUUCAGUGACUAGACACAUCAAGGGGGAUUUGGAACUCUUGGAUCUUAACCUCUUUACAAGAGCUGGAAAAUGCAGUCGCAAGUAUUUUGAAAAGAGUGGUGGAAGCUGGAAAGAAAUGUCUUUGGAGGAAUAUGAGAAGAAUAAACCAAAAUCUGAUACAUAUACACUUUUAGAUGGAAUAGAAUUCAAAGUAAAAGUAGAGUAUAUUCCGGUAGAAAAUCCCAAAGAGCCAGAAUUUACUCCAACAGAAGAUGAAGGUAAGAAAAAUAGCAAGACUCCUCAGAAACAACCACAGGCAAAUGCACAACCUGCUGCCAAAUCUCCUGAAGCUCAGACUGUUGCUGAUCCUCCUCCGGAACCCGUUCAACCUACUCCACAAGGAGGGGCACAGACUAAGUCUGCAGAUAAACCCGCUGGAGGAUCUUCUGCUCCUGAACAAACUGAAUCUAAGGAAGCUUCUACAGAAACUUCGGAUGAUAACACUUCUAAAACUAUUCUUGAUAAGGAUGUAAAGGUUGUUAAGCCAACGGUGGAGACGUAUAAAAGUGACCAAGGGGAUUUGACAACGCUAGACAUUAAAAAGCCAAAUCUUCAUGUAAUAAAUUUGAGGGAAACUUUGGAUAAAAAUGAAGUAAGAAACAGAAUAUAUGGUAGAACAGGAAUGUCACCCAUUACAUCAGUUGUGGAUGGAAGCUUCCAAUUCUAUAAGGGAAGCACUGAAGUACGGACCGUGCUUUCGUUUUCCAAAGGGAAUUCUACUCUCCUAUUUGUACAGUAUAAACAACGUUUAGAUGGUAAGUGGGUAGAUUAUUUUGAAAAUUCCGGUGGAAGUUGGAAGUCCAUAACUCAGGAAGAAUAUCAUACAAAAUACAAAGCAAUGAAAAGUGUGGAAAUUUUAAAACAACUAGCCAAACCACAUCAGUUUAAGACAAAACCGCUGCCCAAACGGGAUACUUCUGCAAAGAAUGCGGGGUCAAACACACCAGAAACCGGAAAGGUAAAGUUACAGAUUGAUGGCAUAGAUUCCGAAACAUAUGCCAUUGAGAGAUCCAUUGAAGACAAUGUAGUUUUUGUAAAGUGUUCAUCGAAAAUUGGGAAAACUCCAUCGGAAUUUCUCUAUGGCCCAGACAAAAUAUGGUCUGGUAAAGAGGGUUUUAAUUUAGUAUCUUCAACUAGCUAUCUUGAGGAUAACUUGCCAAAAAUGGCAGUUUUAAAAAUUAUUAAAGACAAGAGUUAUGAAUUUGUUUACACGUAUAAAAAUGGUGAUGCUUGGGAAGAAGAGGAUGAAGAAAAUCACAAAGCCAGACUUGAAGAGAUGAAGCAGAGAGGGGCAAAGAAUCCGCCAAAACUUCCAGAUGACAUCAUUCCUCCGAAAGCUCCAGAACCAGAAGAUAAACAGGAGGAAAAACCAGCUCCUACAACACCUCAAGAAUCCAAGGAAGAGACAAGUGCUUCACCUCCACCAGCUGCAUCUGAAACUGCUGUGGAAGGAACCACCUUUGAACUUUCUUCUCCGAAUCCUUCCUCGGCUGUAGACCAUGAAAGUGCCGUAGAUGGAGUUACCUAUACCUGCUACUUCCCUGAUGGAUUAUUCUUCAACAAGGUAGUAGAUGGUGAAGUCACUACCUAUCGCCUUUAUCUCGACGAUAACAAGACCGAACUGCUCGUUGCGACCAUAAAGAAAAAGGAUAAUUCUACUACAACAUACCGCUACGAUGACGGCAACAGGUGUGUGGACAGUGACAAGGAUACCAACGAUAGACAAUUGGAGAAUGCAGAAGAUGGAGAUGGGUAUGAGGAAGAGGAUAAUAAUGAUAGUGCAGCGGAACGAGCAUUUUGGCGCGGUAUUCCUGAAAGACAAAGGAAGAAACUUGAGGAGGAAGCCAGGCGUUCCGUCAAGGUCGACGAUAAGCCAUGGGAUAUGGCCUUUGGAGCCAUGAAGUCCGAGGGUGAUUCGUGUGAUACGAUAGUUAUAGUCCCGGAAGAGCAAGAAGCAUCAAAUCAAACUCCUACAACACCAGAACCUGUUGCAGAAGAACAACCCAAAGAAGAUGAAGACAAGGAUAACGAGGAAGAAGAAAAUGGUGAAAAUGACUCUUUUGACAUCAUUAGACCAAACAAAUCAAUCUGUGAUGUUUUUGACAACAUCUAUGAUACCCUUCCCAGUAGGCACGUAGUCCCUAAGCGUAAUGUUUUUGUAACUCGCUUGACUAGUGGGAAGGACAAGAUUUGGGUUGGAGAACAGGAUGAGCAUCUACUCUACGCUACCGUCCAUAUUAAAUGCAGGAAACCCGUAUUUGCCAAUAUUUGUAAGGAAUCUCCAAAGAGCAGAUUCCUUUCUCUUGUAAAGACAGGCAAAGAGUGGGUAGAUUGCACAUCUACAGCGUCAGAAAAAUUCAAGGCCCUGGAGUCCAAAGAGCCUCAGGGAGAUUCUUAA